GUGAAAGAAGGGAAAUGGGGGAAAAUGAGCAGGAGGGAGGUGAAAAGAAGAGCCCCGGAGGGCUGGGUGCCUCCUGCGCGAUCUAACGGCUCCCACUGUUCCUGUGCAGAUCACAUAUUUGAGAAGGUAAAUCCUGAGAUGGAAAAGCUGGGAUACGAGUGCAAGUGCCUUGGAGGAGGGAAAAUUGAUCAUAAUAGCAAAGACAAGAAAAUAAGGGUAUUCGGGCUCUCUACAGGCUAUGGAAAAGCAGAUCAUUCGGUGACUGUGGAGAUACUGAAAAAAGUGUAUACAGAUUAUGAAAUUACAUGGUCAGAUGACAAGAAAUAAAUCAGCUACUUAUGAGUACAACAAGCAGUUCAAAACUGGUAAUUGAGAUGUACUUUGUUAAAUAAAAUUGAAUAUAUCUUCUA